AAGGCAUUGAGAUGAUCGUUAAACAUUGGAGCUCUACCGAAUAAUCAUUCGGAAAAAGUUUUGUUACGCCAUCGGUCAUAAAAAAAGAGAUUCCCUUUUUAACAAUUUGUAUUUUUUAUUUAUUAUUAUUAUUUUUUAUUUCUUAUAUUUUGACUGGUGAAAAUUUAAGUUUAGUUUGUUGAGAAAUUUUGUCUCUGGGAUUUUUUACUGUCUUUCUAAAUUAUGACGAAAGACGUUGAAGGUCCGGCAGUGUUCGUCUCCUCUGAUCAAUUUGACAGUGAAAGAAAUAACGACACCUGUGCUGAUGGAGUGCUCGUCCGCAAGGCGAAUAAAAUUUAUGGCGUUGGAAAUAGCCGCUGCGCAAUCCUGGAGGAACUGAACAUGACCGUUAAAAAGGGAACCAUAUACGGAUUAUUAGGGGCCAGUGGCUGUGGCAAGACGACCCUUCUGAAUUGUCUUAUUGGCCGCCGCAAAUUAAAUAGCGGAAACAUACUCGUCUUCGGUUACGAGCCCAGCUCUGAGGAGAGCGGAAUACCUGGCCCGCGGGUUGGCUACAUGCCACAAGAAAUCGCUUUGUACGGCUACUUUACCAUUAAGGAGACGCUGCAUUACUUCGGUCGUAUCUACAAUUUAAAAGCAGAUUUCGUCAAUGCCCAACUGGAAUUUCUAACCAAGUUGUUGGACCUUCCACCGAGCGAUCGUUACGUAAAAACGCUGAGCGGUGGUCAGCAGCGACGAGUUUCCUUUGCUGUCGCCCUGUUUCAUGAACCUGAAUUGUUAAUUUUGGAAGAACCGACUGUUGGCGUUGAUCCCUUACUUAGACAAAGCAUAUGGGAUCACCUGGUCCGUCUGAGCGUCGAUCAUGGAAGAACCGUCAUCGUUACGACCCACUACAUCGAAGAAGCACGACAGGCUAACACGAUUGGAUUGAUGCGUUCAGGUCGUUUGCUAACGGAAGAUAGUCCAGAGAAUCUCCUACAGAAAUAUGCGCUUUUUUCAUUAGAAGACGUAUUUCUUCGCCUAUGCACGCAAGAUUUCAGUAAUUCGCAAGCUGAAACCGUUAGUAAUGCCGAAACUGUCGGUGAGAUAGCCUUCGCAGUCCAACAACUUUCAGCAGGUAUUGACAAUGAUGCCUUUGAGCGUAGCGCAAGUCAAUUGGAUGUCUCCGGAACACCUAUUCCCCCAAUUUGCGUUUCAAAAGUAGUGCUUAACCAAGGUUCAGGUAUCACUAACGUGAAGAGCGGAAAAAUAAAGAAAAUGGGAUUCAAAUUGUCUGUCAAAUGCGAUGAAUCAGAGCCCGUCAUCCAUCAAACUUGUAACACGCAAUCUACGACGAGAUUUUUCUCUCGUCACCGUCUUGGCGCACUGAUUCAAAAGAAUUUCUUGCACAUGUUUCGAAACGUUGGCUUAUUUUUGUUCGUCUUCCUUUUGCCGGCCAAUCAAGUGAUACUCUCUUGUUUAUCUCUGGGAGGGGAUCUGACGUCCCUCAAAUUGGCUAUCGUUAAUGACGAGCUGGAUCCGACCCAAGAUCGUGUCUGUAACUAUACAACAAGUUGUACUUAUUCCAUGUUUAGUUGCCGUUAUCUUCGGUUUAUAGACAACACGACAAUAAUCCAGGUGCCAUUUCGAAGUGUUGAGAAAGCUUUGGACGCGACCAAACGAGGAAAAGUUUGGGGCGUGGUUCAUUUCGGACAGGACUUUACCGAUGAGUUGAUGGUUCGGCGGGCGGAUGGUAUUUACGCUGAUAACGAAACGAUCCGGGCUAGCCGUGUCGCGAUUACUCUAGAUGAAUCAAAUAAGCAGGUUUCACUGACCAUUAAACGACAACUUAUUGAUGCGUUUGGCGAUUUCAGUAAGGACAUCUUGGCAGCUUGCUCGUAUCAGCCGAUGGCGCAAAGCGUUCCUGUCACGUUUCUGGAUCCGAUCUAUGGAGAAGGCAAACCACCGUUCACCGAUUAUAUGAUCCCUGGCCUUAUUCUGGCGAUUAUCUAUUUUCUUGCUCUUGCACUCACAACCGGUGUCUUCCUAACUGAGCGCAAAUCAGGACUUUUCGAUCGCAGCCUAGUAGCCGGUGUUCAGAUGACUGAAUACAUGGUGGCUCAUCUGGUUAACCAAUUAAUCGUUCUGGUUGGCCAGACAUUUUUCGUUUACCUAUUUGCGCUGAUUGUCUUCAACACUGCUUGUCACGGCAACUUUGCUCUUGUGGUUUUCCUCACCCUCCUCCAAGGAUUGUGUGGCAUGUCGUUUGGACUUCUAGUUUCGGUUUUGUGUGACGAAGAGACCAGUGCCAUCCAGAUCACGCUGGGCAGUAAUUACACGAACCUCCUCCUGGCGGGCAUGUUGUGGCCAAUGGAGGCUAUGCCCACUUACCUGCGUUACCUUUCUAAUCUGACACCGCAAACGUACGCCAUUCAGGCGCUGAGAAAUAUCUUGGGACGCGGUUGGGGCAUCGAGCGUCGCGAAGUCUACAUGGGCAUCGUCACCAGCCUCUGCUGGAUUUUUGGCCUACUGUGUUUAAGUCUUAUCGUUGUCCGCGUCCGCAAAUAUACCGGCUAAUUUUAAUAGGGUGAUGUCUGAUCUGACGCUUUACUAAUCGCGGAACGAGAGAUGCCUGAGUUUUAUUUGUGUGGCUAUGCUUUGGUUUUAAGAUGGGUUAGUCCACCAGUUUGCUUGAGCUUUCCUGCUUUUCGUUUUGUUUGUAAACGUUAAGGAUCUAUUCUACCAAAAUGUGGUUAAUUUUUUACAAUAUAAAAACCACUUGGUUGCGUGCAAGAUAAAA